AUGAAUUUUCAACAACAUUCCAGCCAUUCUCAACCCCAUCAAAAUCAGGGCGCGACUGACACAAAUGCCCCAGAGAACUGGCUUGCAGAUGAAACAAACGAUGAUGGGAAUGCAUUAAACGAUUUUUACUUCUGUGCGCCGGAGCCUACUUCCUCAGAAUGGACAUGGAGCGGCCAUGAGUCACAGGUUCUCGAGAUACUUGAAGACCAAACAACUUCCCAAGCCUCGAAUUCCCUAAACAUUUCAUGUCCGGCUACCAUGUUUGAUGACCCUUCAAAUUUCUGCCAACCACUACCUCAAAACCUCGCAAACGUUCCACAGUGGCUUGAUGGUGCUUCCCGCCCGCCAGUCUCGUGCAGCUAUUGCCGCAGACAUCGACUCCAGUGUUUGAUCCUUCGUACAACAUCGGCCAACCCAAAUCCUGUUUCAUCUUGCUCCAGUUGCGUGGCACUUUUUAGAGAGUGCAGUCUCGCAAAGGGAGAAAAGCGACUACCCUCUGGAUUUGAGACCUUUGCGCCGGUAUUAGGCCACUUACACGGGUUGCCAGAACAUGCCGAAGAUGGUGGGAGUGUUCUACCUAGCGUGGAGAAUAUACCCAGCGUGGAGAAUAUAGAGGAGCGCAAAGAAUCCAAACAAUUUGUGCGAAAGGGAGCCAGAGUCUUGCGAGAAUGGUUCUACCAAAAUCAAGAAUGUCCAUAUCCUUCUGAAGACCAAAAAAUUCAAUUCUCACGCGAAACUGGAUUCUCAGAGAAAAGAAUCGCCACUUGGUUUGCGAAUGCCCGCCGUCGCCAGAAACAGAAAAUCCAAUCCUCAAAUUUGGCAUCCAACACACGUACCCGUGUCGGGUCCCCAUUAGUUACCAGCACACUGAGCUCGCUUACCCCCAUGGAACGGUGGAAAGCAUCCCCACCAGAAGAUGAAGUGGAGUCAGAAUCUAUGAUACAGGACGCGAUCGCAUCAGCUGGGUGGGAUAUUUCGAUGGACCCAUUUCAGUUUGAUGCAUCUGCAAUGGAUCUGUUCAACCUCGACGAGUCGUCCUCGCAUCUUGCUUCUUCAGCCUCCAGUUUUGGAAGUCGUGUAUCAGAAACAUCAGACAGUGUCUCGUCGGCAUGGAGUCACAAUUCCGGAGAAGGAAAUUUACCAUUCCCAAUGUUGCCGACGAGAUCGCGUUCUCGCCGGCGAGGUCAGUCAUCAGAAGAGCACCAGUACCAGUGCACUUUCUGUACUCGAUCAUUUAGAAAAAGACAUGACUGGAAUCGACAUGAGAAAAGCGUUCAUCUAUCAUUGGAGACUUGGAUCUGCACGCCCAGCUUGAAUGAACUCCAACAAACUUGGAAUGCUCAGAGAGAUGAAUGUAGUUUCUGCGAUGCAGUGCUUCCUGAUUCAAACCACCUGGAAGAGCAUGAUUUUGACGUCUGCGCCGCCAAGCCUAUAUUCGAUCGUUCAUUCACUCGGAAGGACUACCUGUGGCAGCAUCUCCGAAAGUUUCAUAGCUGUACCAAAAUUCCCGUUCCUGAUCUCGAAGCUUGGCGAAAUGCCGGUGCUAAUCUUGAGAGCCGAUGUGGAUUCUGCGAUCAAGCACUAUCAACGUGGACUGCUCGAGGAGAACACUUGGCAGAACAUUUCAAGAAUGGAAUGCGAAUGAACCAGUGGGUUGGUGACUGGGGACUGGAUUCGAUUGCGAUGGGAUCUCUCCGUAACGCUACGUUACCUAACCAGCGGUCUUUGACUGUUUGA